UUUUGCUUUAGGGGCGAAAACGCGUGUGUGCGGUUCUUGGUGCCUUUGUAGCACGCAAUUAUAAUUUCAUCGCUGAUCAUGAGCGCAGAAGGCAAACUGUUGCAGUUCCAUGAACUGGAAUUGGACCCGCGUAUUCUUAAGGCCAUUGCGGACCUCGGAUGGAAGGAACCGACGCUUAUACAGUCGACGGCAAUACCGCUCCUGUUAGAGGGCAAGGAUGUCGUAGUGCGUGCGCGCACUGGUUCUGGCAAGACAGGCACAUAUGCGUUGCCGCUUCUACAGAAAAUUCUUAACUCUAAGCUUAAUGCCAGCGAGCAAUGCGUGAGUGCAUUGGUGCUGGCGCCCACCAAGGAGUUGUGCCGACAGUCGCGUAUCAUCAUCGAACAGCUAGCUGAAUCUUGUGGCAAUGUUAUACGAGUUGCAGACAUAGCUGGCAGCUCCACAGAUGCCGUUACUCAGCGUCAUGCACUCGCGGAGCGACCAGACAUUGUGGUAUCGACGCCAGCCAAAAUACUUGCGCAUGCAGAAGCCGGCGGCGUUGUUGAUCUUAAAAAGAUAGAAACGCUAGUGGUAGACGAGGCAGAUCUAAUAUUUGCCUUCGGCUACGAGAAGGACUUCAAACGCCUGAUCAAAUACCUUCCGCCCAUUUACCAGGCAGUACUUGUCUCGGCCACUAUCACCGAUGAUGUUGCGCGCAUGAAAGGGCUCUGUUUGCACAAUGCCGUCACACUGAAGUUGGAGGAGCCAGAACUGGUGUCGCAAGAGCAAUUGACGCAUCAGCGCAUCUUGGCCGAAGAGAACGACAAGCCAGCCAUAUUAUUCGCGUUGCUGAAGCUGCGUCUCAUUCGCGGCAAGAGCAUUAUAUUUGUGAACAAUGUGGAUCGCUGCUACAAGGUGAGGAUUUUUCUGGAGCAGGUCGGCAUACGCGCCUGCGUGCUCAACUCUGAACUGCCGGCCAAUAUACGCAUUCAUACCAUCAGUCAGUUCAACAAGGGCACCUACGACAUCAUUAUUGCCUCUGACGAACAAAUGCUUGAGCAACCCGGUCUGAAGAACAAGAAGCACAAGCCCCGCAACGACUUCGAAUCGAGCGCCUCGCGUGGCAUUGACUUCCAGUGCGUCAAUAAUGUCAUCAACUUUGAUUUUCCACCCGAUGUCACUUCCUAUAUACAUCGAGCUGGUCGCACGGCGCGUGGCAACAACAAGGGAUCCGUACUGUCGCUGGUCAGCAUUAAAGAGGCGGCUGUCAACGAUGCCGUAGAGGAUAAGUUGCGCGAGACUUUCGCUUUGCAGAACGUGCAGGUGAUCAAGAACUAUAAAUUUAAAAUGGAGGAAGUUGAGGGAUUUCGCUAUCGUGCUCAAGACUGUUGGCGUGCGGCCUCACGCGUUGCCGUUCACGAUACACGUAUGCGAGAGAUCAAGACCGAGAUCCUCAACUGUGAAAAACUGAAGAGUUUCUUCGAGGAGAACAAGCGGGAUCUGCAGGCGUUACGACACGAUAAGCCCCUGCGCACCGUCAAGGUGCAAUCUCAUCUCACGCAGGUGCCCGAAUACAUCGUGCCCAAGGUACUGAAACACUGCGUCAACACAACCGUCACACACGAUGCGGCGACGGUCAGCAAGCGGCCACGCAUGUCCAGCGCCAAGGCUGCCUUCGAGCGGCAAACCAACGAUCCCUUGUUGGUCAGUCAGGUGGACUAUGGAAAAAAAGGAAAGCACAGGCGCAAGCAAGCCAAAUAGACUUCUAGAGUGUACGAUUAGUCUGUAGCGCCUAGAUGUAUGUACCUAUGAGCAGUGAUCCAAAGUCGCUUUGGUUCACGGCUUAAAAUGCCUUUUAAACCUGUUUGUGUAUAGAAAGUGUCACUAUUAAAACCUUCUGCUUCAUGUUAUGAAAUUAA